CAAGGGACAAACUGAGUCAUCUCUCUCUUUCUUCUCUACCAUAAGUUUAAACUCUCUCUUAUCUCUAACUCUAUAUUCCACAUAAAUGAAAUAAACGUGAGUAACAGUCAUUAAGUAGAGAUAAAAGAAAGUUUAAUUAGCUCAGAUUCAGCUCAUGCAACGUCCUAAAUUAGGUCAGAUUCAGUGAUUAGUGAUAAGUAGUAACAGAGAGAUUUAUUAAGAUGUUGUCGUCGUCAACAGUUUCUUUCAUGUUAUUUUUUCCUCAUGUUUUCGAUUCAUAUGAAUGAAGCUCUUGGUGCUCAAAUUGAAAUCCGCAAACUCGGUGAGUUUUUUCAAAAAUCUUUUACUCAUCCAUAUAUUCAUAUGUUUAAUUACGAGUUAUGUUGAUAAUAUUAAUAGAUGUGAUCCAGUUACAUGUUUUCACAUAGUUUUUUUUACAUAUAUUAUUUAUGAAAAUUAUAUUUUUUAAAAACAAAUCAUAUUCAUUUUACUAGCAAUUUAUGCACCUGAAUAAAAGAGAGCAAUAUUUUUUAAAGAUUCUCAAAGUAUCUCUGUUAUUUCAAUAUUAGGAUCUAGUGAUUAUGCUUUUUGAGUUGCUUACUAGUUAGCUUUGUAAUUAGUUCAGCAUAUAGAUAAACUAAAGAGUUACAUAUCAUUGAAAUUUUCAAUGGCUUGAGGCUAUAUAUAAAUUAUAAGUGUGAAAGUAAUGCAGAAGAGACGAUGGUGAUGAGGAGGAACAAGAAAGGUAAUGGCUUCGUAACCUCCAAAAUAGAUGUUCCACCAAGCGCAUCACAACAUUGCGGGGGAGGUAAACGUUUUAAGAACAUGGCGACCACUAAUCGCCAUGAUGAUCAGUUCAGUCCACUUCCAGGAGGCGUCUCUUCCUCCCUCUGUAUAAGAUGCGUUACCACCCAACGUUGUGUAGGGGCCGUAGGCGCGCCACGCUCGACGUACACUUGCACUAUCAUCUCGAAACAGUGUGAAAAUAUACCUGGCCAUUGAUCAGGUCAUAACUUUGAAAUGCACAUCUAUGAUCUAUUCAUAUAUAUGAAUGUAUGUACUAAAGCCGUAGUGGGUUUGCGUUUUCUAUCUUUUUUCGUUUCAUAUUAUUGGGGGUUGCAAUAUAUAUUUUUUUAUAGAUUUAUUCAGUGUAAAAUUAAUACAUGUACAUGAUAUAUACUAUAUAUCUGUUGAAUAUGGUGAGUAGAGACAAUGUUUAUAAUAUACUGUAACAGUUUUUAUCC